UGCAGGCUCCAUUUUAUAUGCUAAUAGGUGGUGCAGGGUGGUGUGCACAGCCCUCGUCCAGCUCGGACUCUAAAGAUUUCCGUGCGCAGUACGUAUGCACCGGAGGGCUUCUACAGCAUUCCAGGUAUCAGUAAUUUCAUCGAUGAUCAUGUAACACUGUGACUGGACUCUUGCAAUCUCCAUAUCAAGUUGAGCGAUGUAUGGCGAUGUUAUUUAGCUGUGCAUAAUCAUCUGAACCAGGUAUCGAUACUUUAAAUUUUUCUAACAUACCCCCAUCUACUUCUACUCUUCGCAUCCUUCCCAUCGGCUACCAUGCAAAGACACAGCUUCACCGCUCUCAAUUCCAAUUUCAUCGUCGAUUACGAAUACCAGUUCGUCAAAGAGCUUGGCCAAGGUGCUUAUGGAUGUGUCGUUGCUGCUAGACAUCGCCAGACGGGAGAUGGAUGUGCUAUCAAGAAGAUUACAAACAUCAACACCAAGCGUAUCCUAACCAAGCGAUGCCUUCGCGAGAUCAGGCUUCUUCAUCACUUCCGAGGUCAUAAAAAUAUAACUUGCCUCUACGAUAUGGACAUCGUGUUCAAAGCUGACGGAAAUUUCGAUGAGGUCUACCUCUACGAAGAGCUCAUGGAAGCUGAUCUACAUGCCAUAAUUCGUUCCGGACAGCCUCUCACUGAUGCCCACUUCCAAUCUUUCCUUUACCAGACUCUCUGCGGUCUCAAAUAUAUCCACUCUGCCAAUGUUCUCCACCGAGAUCUCAAACCUGGAAACUUGCUGGUCAACGCCGAUUGUGAACUCAAAAUCUGUGAUUUUGGCCUCGCUCGAGGGUACACACCUGGAAGUGGUACUUCAAAAGCUGCAGGGAACCAAGGUUUCAUGACCGAGUAUGUCGCUACCAGAUGGUAUCGUGCGCCUGAAAUCAUGUUGAGUUUCGCGAACUACACUACCGCCAUUGAUGUCUGGUCUGUAGGAUGUAUCUUGGCAGAACUUCUAGGUGGAAAGCCAAUUUUCAAAGGACGAGAUUAUGUGGAUCAACUUAACCAAAUCCUCCAUUACCUUGGUACUCCUUCCGAAGAUACACUUCGUCGCGUUGGAUCCCCUCGUGCGCAAGAAUACAUCAGGUCGCUUCCUAUCAAACCUCGAGUUGCAUUCAAUGUUCUAUUCCCUCGUGCGAAUCCUUUGGCGAUCGAUCUACUUUCGAAAAUGCUCUGUUUUGAUCCUGCAAAACGGAUAAGCUGCGAGGAGGCCCUUAACCACCCGUAUCUCCAAGUCUGGCAUGACCCUGCCGACGAGCCUAUCUGCGAAUCUAAAUUUGAUUUCUGUUUCGAGGACGAAGAUAGCAUUGACGGAAUGAAGAGGUUGAUUGUUGAAGAAGUCAACGAGUUCCGUGCUGAAGUACGCGCUCAGGCUAGAGCCACUGGUCAGAUUCGCAGACAAGAUAGCUUGCCUCUGCCUUCUCGUGAUGAGAUCAUGAACUCGCCCAUGCAAACGGAAGGACACACCUCCAAUUUUACUACUCCCCCUCAUAGCUAUAACCGCCCACCGAGCCCGAUUAUGGAUGAUCCUAGUGAGGGUUUGGAGCGUGAGCUUGCUGUGACACAAUUAGGUGCUAGACGAUGAAGGUCCAUGAUAAGAGCAAAAGGAGAAUACAGAACGUUAAUGGAAAACGUAAAAUGGUGUCUAGUUGUGCCAAUAUGUAUCUAAGUAAGUUAUGGUGGUUAGGUUGUGAUUCUGCCUUUAUUAUAGUAUUCGAUACUCGCUAUUUAUUCUGAA